AUGCCAAGCUUAUGUCAACCUAACCGAGUUGCCGAAUAAGCGAGCCUCACACCGAAAAUACCCUACAGGCUGCUCCACACACGGUUCGCAAACCAGCACCUCCCAGCCAAACUUACAUACAUAUGUACAAAUGCACAAAUAUGUACAAAUGCAUAUACCUACACAUUCAUAUAAAUAAAUAUGUACAUAUGUAUGUAGUCCAAUUCCAAUUGUAAUCCCAACACCAAAAACCACCCCAAACUCUCAACACAGCACUUUCAUUACUCACAAGCGCAACAACAAUUUUAUAAUAAAUAUGAAAAAAAUACAACCUCAACCAUUUCCCCUCUUCAAUUCAAUAAAAUGCGUUUCGUUGCCGCACAUGAAUCGAAUCGAACCGAAAUGAAUCGAUGCGACAGCGCCGCGCAGCAAUCACAAUCAUUUCUCCCAUUUCCGACGCAACUGAUUGAAUGUCAUUUCUCGCUGUCGCUGUCGCUGCCACAGCUGCUGCCAGCGUCGCAGCCAAACUCAACGCUGUCGACGUUAAACAAACGACGUUGUCCACGUCGUCGUCAACGUCAUCGUUGUCGUCGUUGGCAUCGUCCUCGUCGCUAACGUCGUCGUACACGCCAGCAGUUGUCGUAUUUUUCUUCUAUCAAAUUUCAUUUUUUCGUUUCGGUUCCUUCUGCAAUUGCGAUUGUGUAUGUAAUGUAAUUGUUGUUUGUCCCUGCUCGCUUGUUGUUGCUGGUUUGUGUGUGGCUGUGUGUAUAUGUGUGUGUGAGUGUGGGUAUAUCCGCGUAUUUUCCCCACAUUUGCUAUUGCUAUUGCUGUUGUUGCUGUUGCUGUUGCUACUGCCUUUGACUGUUUGCUGAUUGUGUAUUUGGGCGGCGCACUACGCGUCUAUUUACUAACUAGUAGAUAUGUGAGUGCGAAUUGUAUUCGUAUUCGGCAUCGCAAUCGCAUUCGUAUUCGCCGUGUGUUUCUGUGACUGUCUGCAAUCAUUUGUCCUCUCAUACGCGCAGUGACACGCCGACGGUGCGGUAGUUAAAUAUUAAAUGCGGUAAAUUCGGUAGCAGUUUCGGUUAUACGUUAUUGGUGUUUAACUAAUAUUACAAGAAAAAUUAAUAUUGUAACGCAUUGCGUCAAUUUAUUAUUUGAACUUAUAGUGUUUUUGUGUUUAUCGAAAAUUGUGUUAUUUUUAUGUGUGCGAAAUAAUUUGUCAUAAAAAUCGCGCAAAAUUACACAAAACUAAUAAGAGCGACAUACACACGUGCAAAUAUAUGCGCCAAAACUAAUUUGUGUGCUGCUCAGUGAUAACGAAAAACAAUAAAGUGAAAUACAAAAAAAAAAAACAAAAAAAUUCUAAGUUGUGCAAACUCCCCACAAGUAUAACCAAGAUUAACCGAAAAAUUACGAAAAUCACUAUAUAACGGUUAAAAAAACGCAAACAAAAAUAGUUACAGUGUUGGAUGUGACAAAGCAUGGAUUCUAACGCCAUCGAUGCACAAUCGAUCACAAGUGAACACAGUGUUGCCUCGUCUACCUCCUCCGCGCUGCAUGGCGCCGUAUUAGCGGCUGUUAAGCGCGAACGUUCACCGACACCGGUACACAACAACAGCAAAACAAUGAACACCAUUUCAGUGGCCACCAAUCUCACAAACAAUAAUCAUAAUAGUAAUAACAAUAACAACAACAAUAAUAAUAACAAUAGUCCACGCCACAACAAGCUGAGCCCCAGCUAUCAUCACAACAAUAAUAAUAACAACAGCAUACUGUUGGCGCACAGCAUGAAUCCGACAGCGCUGCUAAUGCAUCAUCAGCAACAGCAGCAGCAGCAACAACAGCAUCAACAACAUCAACAGCAGCUAAAUGGUUCACGUGAUGGCAAUAGCAGCCGCGGUGGUAGCGGUCCCGGCGGCAGUGCUGCCGGCUCGCUAAGCGGCAGCAUAGGCGACGAUCGUCCGUCGAACGGACGCCUUUCGCAUACUGGACGCGGUUCAAGUUGCUCGCCAGCCAGUUCACCGACACGCCAUCCCAACGCCGUCAGUCCGGUGACAUCGCUCAAUCAUACGAUGAUGCAACAAAUGCAACAGCAACAUCAUCAACUUAGUCCACCGCCACAUGUGACGGGUGUGCCGACACCGAAUGGUUUGCCCGCUGGUCUGCCGCCACGCAUGCCACACGGUUUGCCACCACAUUCGCUCGGCUUGCUCAACUCACUGCAAAUGAUGCAUCAUGCCUCGCCGCUCGAGCUGAUGGCGGCUGCCCAUCAUCAUGUGCCGCCGCGCUCGUACAAUAGUCCGCCACCGAUUUCCACAUCGGAUCCCAGCGCUAACGAAUGCAAGCUGGUCGAAUAUCGUGGUCAGAAAGUGGCCGCCUUCAUUAUUAGCGGUGACACAAUGUUGUGUCUGCCACAGGCUUUCGAGCUAUUCCUCAAACACUUGGUGGGCGGUCUGCAUACGGUCUAUACGAAACUGAAGCGCCUAGAUAUUGUGCCGUUGGUGUGCAAUGUGGAGCAAGUGCGUAUAUUACGCGGUCUCGGCGCCAUACAGCCGGGUGUUAAUCGGUGUAAACUGCUCGCCUGCAAGGACUUCGAUAUUCUCUACAGGGACUGCACGACUGCCAGAUGCUUAUCGAUCAAGCCACCUGAGAGUAACUCUCUGCAAUUCCGCAGUUCCAGACCGGGUCGACCGCCAAAACGUGGCCCCGUCGGUUUGUCGCUGCCGCCCACACACCUGUCACAACAUCCGCAGUUGAAGAAGCAUCGACUGGAUAAUGGUGACUACGCAUACGAGAAUGGCCAUAUUGCUGAUUUGAAUCGCUUGGAAAAGUCACCACUACUCGCCAAUGGCUAUAAUCCCCCGCCCAUCAAUCAUAUGGCCUUCAUGCAAAUGAAUCACCAUCCCGGCACGGCAUUAAUGUCACCCGGCAUGCCGCCACAUGGCUUACACGCUCGUCCCGACAGUCAAAUGCUGAAAGCCGCCGCUCAAGGCGGCAUGUCCGCGGCGAAUAUGGACGCGUUGGCACGUUCCGGCAUUUGGGAGAAUUGUCGUGCCGCUUAUGAGGAUAUUGUUAAACAUUUGGAACGCUUACGUGAAGAGCGCACUGAUGAACGCCAGCAAAUGAAUAGCGGCGGUGGCGUUGGCAAUGAGCCGAAGAUACGAGAUCUAAGCUCACGAAAUUCUGGUUCGCCGAGUCGUCAAAGUCCCGUACUGAAUCUCUCCAAAUCCGGCGGCAAUACCGAUCAAGGCAGCAAUUGUGAUGAGCGCAGUGAACGUAGCGAAAUGCAUUCGCCAGUGCAUUCGGUGCGCGAUGGCAGCGUCGGUGGCGGCAGUCAGGGUGUGAUUGGCGUCGAGGACGACGAUGACGAGAAUCUGAGUGAUGAUAAUGCGUCAGAAGUCGACGAACGCUGCGCCAAAGAUGAAGAAGACUUAAGUGAUACGGAACGUGAUAAUAUAACGUCGUCGGCGGCGUCACAACGUCAUCAUCCACUGCAUCAUCACCACCACCAUCAGCUACAUCAUGGCGCCAACAGCAAUGCCAUGGGCGUGGGCGAACGUGGCGGUGUUGCGGGCGGACCAGGCGCCGGUGUUGGUGUAGGUGUCGGUGUUGGCGGCCUUGGUGUUGCCGCCGCCGCAGCUGCCGCCACCGCCGCUGGUCUCAACGAACGCGACAUACUCAACACGCAUGCAGCGCUACAACAAUCACCCGUCUCCACACACAAUGCGGCCGCCGUCGCAGCGUUGCAACAACAUCAUCAGCGUGCGCUCAACUAUUCACAUUUGGCAGCGGCCGCAGCCGUCGCUGGCGGUGCCACUGGUGGGCCCGGUGCUAAAGCUGCCCUUACCAAUGGACCUGGCUCCGGUGGCGCUCUUGCCGGUACAGAAGCUCUGCUGGCAGCCAACGAUGCCACGGCAGCUGCCGCUUUGGCCGGUGGGCUAGCGCUUGGUCCACUCGCUAUGGAAUCGCAUGAAGCGCCACCGUCAAAUCACGCGUUAAUGAACAAUAUAAUGACUUUAAUGAAAGUGGUUGCGGACAAUUUACGACAGCAGGAUCGACACAUCACCUAUGAAAAAGCGGAGCUCAAAAUGGAUGUUUUGCGCGAACGCGAAGUCAAAGAUUCAUUAAAUCGGCAAUUAGCUGACGAACGGAAACUCAGAGUUUUGUAUCAGAAACGCUACCGUCGCGAGCGUAAAAUGCGCAUACGCUACCAACAGCAGCUGGACGGUGGCAAACGAAAAUUGACACACCCAUCAAAUGCGGGUGGCAGCAGCAGUGGUGGUGGCAGUGCCAACAAUGGCGGUGCCGUCGGGCCCAAUGGCAAUGAGGAUGGACGCAGCAGUGUGGGCGGUGAAUGCAAAAAUAAUAGCGGCGAAGCAGCGACACGUAAAACGGAACCAGAUAACGAUUGCAAAUCGAGCGAAAAGUCUGAGAAGUCGUUGAAUUCCAAUGAUGGCUGUUCGCAAUCACAAAAUGCACAACAACAAUCACAGCAAACGCAGCUACAACAACAACAUCACCAAACACCAUCCCAAUCAUUGUCACAUCAUCAUCUACAACAACAACAGCAACAACCACUGCGCCUGAGGCAACGUUCGGAAAGUCCCAGUUUUAAACGUGAACCACACUCGGAUCGUGAUAGUCCGCUCGUCGGACGUCGUAGCGUCGAUCGUUUGGAGCGUUGCGAUCGUGAUCAUGCCGAACGUGAGUCGCGUGAACAUUGCGAACGCUCAGAACGUGAUUGUGGCGACGCCGCGGCCAUUGAGCGUUCACUUAGCAUGCCACCCACUUCGCAGGCGGAGAGCAGUUUGGCGGCGGCGGCUGCAGCUAGUGGUGGCAAGGCACCAUGGAACUAUCCGGGCAUCGAUUUAAUGGCCACAGGCGCCUUUUGGCAGAACUAUUCCGAGUCCUUGGCGCAAGAAAUCGAAUUAGAGCGCAAAUCGCGCGCUGCCAAUGCUGAACGUGAUGUGAAGAGUCCCUUAACUGAGCGCCCACCAGCGUACUACAAGAAUUCGAUGCUCUUCGGCGGGGCAAACUAAAGAGUAAACAAAAAUACUUUAAGCUUGUGCAACAAAGUGAGUAUUCCAAAGACGAUACAAGGGGGAAUACAUAUGUACAUACAUACAAGUAUAUGUACGAGUAUAGGUUAUUUACCGACGGCCCCAGUGUGAAGCACAAGUAGGGAGCGGGAAUUAUAAAAAUUGUUAAGGAUGAGAGAAUAUUAGUUAUAUUGCAGUAAUGAUCUCAAGGUGUAAACGCGAAAAUAAUAAAUAAAGGGAGAAAAGUGCGUUUGGAGCGAAAUUAUAGCAGCACAAUACCAAGAAAGCUAUGAAAAAGCGAGCAAAAAUAAAUGUAAAAUGCAACUGCUUUGGAAAUCUCUUAGCAGUAAUUAGUAUACGAUAGCGAGUGCGCAGCCGAAAGUGCGUAAAAAUAAUGAAAAAAUAUUUGUGAAUAAUAAGAAUUAUAGGAAUUUUAAAAAAGCAUUUACGAGUAGAGCAAAUAGCAGUACUUACUAAACUAGUUACCAGUGGAGCAUAUGCGAGCGGGUAUAUAGUAGUGUAUAUAGACAAAAGCCAAUAGGUGGCAACGUUUUUUUAUAUGUAGAUAUUUAUUUGUAAAUUUGCGAAAAUUAAUUUAAAAAAAGCUUAGCGAAUUCUUUCUGCGGUUCUUAAAUACUUAACUAAGUAUGUACUACUUGAAAAUGCGCAAGUAAUGGAGAAAUACUUGAAAGUAACUAGUAGCCAUAGAUAUGUAAGUGCUUACACAUACAUACAUAAUUAUGUAUUUGCAUAUGUAGUACAUAGAGUAUGUUUAUUUAGACGUUUUUGAAAAGCGUACUAAAUUAAGAUUAAUGUUCACACACACACACAUAUAAACUUGUAUGUAUAAUUAAUUAGAUAAUUAGUUGCUUAAGCCAGUGAGAACAGCUUUUUCGUAGUGAAGUAGUAGGUUAAAUUAAAAAAAAUUAAGAUAAUCUUAAAAUUAUGAGUUCGCGUUACAUACAUACAUACUUACACACAUACAUACAUACGAUACUUAUGUAGCAAAUGGAGCAUAAAUGAUGCUUCAUGUAAGCAACCAGUGCUAUAUAAGAAAGCUUCCUUGAAUCUAAUGGCUUGUAUGUAGUUAAAACUGUUAGCUGCAUAAGCCAGUUAGACAUGGCUGUAUGUAAGCUUAUGUGCUUUUACAUACAUACAUACAUAUACCAAUAACUAUUGUAAGUAGUUCAGUAAUUGUUUAAAACUAAAAUGCUGCUUCAGAACCAAAAUAUCUGUAAAUACGAGUAAUUUAAAAGCUGACACUUGUUUGCAAACGAUUUUUUCGCGUUACAUACAUACAUAUUUUUAUCAACUACAAGGCAAGAGAGGAGAGUUGAAUAUGUGGGAGAAAGUUGCUACACAUGUAAAAAAAGAAGAAAAGAUUUGUUUUAAUAAGCAUUUGGGGCAAAGUUUCAAAAAAUUUAAAAAUCUCAAUUAAUUUAUUUUUUUU